AUGGCGGUUCGCGAAUCAGCGUUGACGGACCCUCAGGUUGCCGCUAUGUACGACCACGUCUCCAGCGGCGGCGAGUUGUACUGCAAGCGCGACCUCGAGUGCCUGAUGCGCCAAUUCGACAUCAAGCCUUCGCAGCACCGCGGUAAAGUGCCAAUUGCAAAUGGACACACCGCUGCAGAAGUUGUGAGCCAGCUUCUGGAGGAGGGGUUGCUCUGCACCCAGCGGUUCAAGAAUGUCAUAGUAUUCUGGGCGUCGGUGCCGUCGUCACGCGUAGGCGGCAAGAAGGUGGAGGCGCCAGUGCGUUCCGAGGAGUGCGACCUUGCCAACCUGCAACUGCGGUACUGUACGUUAAAGGAAGAGCUGGCCAAACUGGAGGCAACUAAGGGCGCGAGUGAGAGACUGGCCUCCAACAACCGACGCCGCCAUUGA